AUGUCGCGCCUCAGGCCGCGCUCUUUCUCCACCUCCGCCUCCUCACGUGCCAACGAGCUGCUGAACCUACUCCACCAUCAUCUGGGCUCUGGGACGCUUUGGCCGGACCUCGCGCACCAACUGUUCGACGAAUUGCUGUGCCAGCCUGUGUCGGUAUCAGAGCGCGCAAUCAACGGCUUAUUUGCCGCCCUAGCGCGAGCGCCACCGUCUAUGGCGUGCCCUGAUGCCCCUGGCCUCGCCAUUGCUCUCUUCAGACGCAUGGCCCGAACACGCCGCUGCGGGGCGACGAUAUCCACCAAUCACACCUACAGCAUACUGAUUGACUGCUGCUGCCGGGCACGCCGCCCGGACCUGGGGCCCGCCUUCUUUGGCUGCCUCCUCAAGACAGGCGUCACGGCAGAGAUCAUCACCUUCAGCAACCUAUUCAAGUGUCUCUGUGACAUGAAGCAGACGGACGAAGCUCUGGACGUGCUGCUCCACAAGGUGCCUGACCACCUGCCUGACGUCAAGUCCUACUCGAUAAUUCUCAAGAGCUUCUGCAACAACGGGAGGAGCCAGUGUGCCCUUGAGCUGCUCCGGAUGAUGGACAAAAAAGGAGCUAACCACUCUCCCGACGUGGUUGCAUACAGCACCGUAAUCGAUGGCUUCUUUAAGGAGGGUGAACUAACCAAAGCAUGUGAUCUAUUCCAUGAAAUCAUACAGCAAGGAUUUGUGCCUACUGUGGUCACGUAUAACUCCAUUGUCGAUGCACUCUGCAAAGCAAGAGCAAUGGACAAGGCAGAGCUGAUCCUUCGACAAAUGGUUAUUAAUGGUGUUCAGCCAGAUACUGUGACAUAUACUAGCCUGAUCCGUGGAUAUUCCACUUCAGGCCAGUUGAAAGAGGUCGUUAGGUUGUUGAAACUAAUGACUAGUCAAGGUGUUCUACCGGACGUUGUUACCUGCAAUGAUCUCAUGGCCCACCUUUGCCAGCAUGGAAGAGUCAAAGAAGCUGCAGAAAUUUUUCAUUCCAUGGCUUUGAAGGGCCGAAAGCGUACUGUCUUCUCAUACGCUAUUAUGCUCCAUGGGUACGCUACACAAGGAUUCCUUGUUGAUAUGAUUGAUCUCUGUGAGCUGAUGGUAGGAGAUGGAGUUGUACCCAAUGUCCAUGUUUACGAUAUUCUAAUUUAUGCAUUUGCUAAGCGCGGAAGGAUGGAUGUGGCUAUGCUUUUCUUUCAAGACAUGUUGACGCAUGGAGUGAAACCUGAUGAAGUCAUAUAUUUAACUGUCAUAGCUGCGUUUUGCAGAAUGGGCAGGAUGGAUGAUGCUACGGACAAAUUCAAUGAGAUGAUUGAUAUGGGAGUACCACAUGACACCACUGUUUACACGUGCAUGAUUGAGGGUUAUCUUAAGCAUGGUGAUCCCAUGAAAGCCAAGGAAUUGAUUGCCGAAAUGAAGAACAAGAAUAUUCGUCAUAGGUCGCAGAAGGGUAACUGAAGAACGCAAAACAUAGCUAUGACAGUUAAAUAUGUGCUGGUGAGAGGCAUGGUCAUAAUAUAUUUACUUUUACUACAAUGAUCGACGGAUAUUGCUUAGUCACCGAGAUGGAGAAAGAAUCAAAGCACUUGAAGCUGUGGUAUUGCAACAAUUGUUAAUGGCUGUUGUAAAAAUGG